GCAGAUUCUAAAACUCGACCCGACCCAUUCCGUAUCGCCCCGGAUAACGACCCUGCUGAUCCAACAAAACGCUCCACGUGUCCAUCUUCAACCUCCGUCUCGCGCUCGGUCGGUCGCGCGCUCUCUCUCUCUCUCUCUCUCUCUAAUUCUUUUCAUUUUUUCUCAACGGCUUCCCGUCGACCUCAGCCGAGCGCAGCACUUCGCCGAGACCUUGGACAACCGGUCGACCUUCGAUUCCGUCUAAGCUCGGAGAUCCUCAUGAUCAGUUAAAUUGCCACAAUGGCCUUCUCCCUCUCUCUUCCCCUACCUUCUCCCAAACCUCACGGUCUUCGAUCAUCCAAGCAAAUCCUAGAAUCCCCCGUUCGCCGGCGAUUCCUCGCCGGAGACCUCGACUUCGCCGCCGGCGAGCGGAGAUGCCGCUUCGGCGCCGGGAUUGUCAGGGCCAAGCCCAGGGAACUGGUCUUCGGCAACCCGUCGGUGACCGUCGAGAAGGGCAAGUACAGCUACGACGUCGAGACCCUAAUCAACAAGCUCAGCAGCUUGCCUCCCCGCGGCAGCAUCGCGCGCUGCCUCGACGUGUUCAAGAACAAGCUGUCGCUGAACGACUUCGCACUGGUGUUCAAGGAGUUCGCGCAGCGAGGGGAUUGGCAGCGCUCGCUCCGUCUGUUCAAGUACAUGCAGCGGCAAAUCUGGUGCAAGCCGAACGAGCACAUAUAUACGAUUAUGGUCAGCCUGUUGGGACGCGAGGGCUUGCUGGAUAAGUGCAGAGAGAUAUUCGAUGAAAUGCCCAGCAACGGCGUCCCUCGAAGCGUGUUCUCGUACACGGCUCUGAUCAAUGCGUAUGGGAGAAAUGGUCAGUACGAGGUUUCACUCGAGUUCCUUGAUCAAAUGAAGAAAGAGAGGGUGUCUCCUAGUAUUUUGACUUACAAUACUGUGAUUAAUGCUUGUGCUAGGGGUGGUUUGGAUUGGGAGGGCUUGUUGGGUUUGUUUGCGGAGAUGAGGCACGAGGGAAUACAACCUGAUCUGGUUACUUACAAUACAUUGCUGAGUGCUUGUUCCAACAGGGGUUUAGGCGACGAGGCAGAGAUGGUUUUUAGGACUAUGAAUGAAGGAGGGGUAAUUCCCGAUAUAACGACUUACAGCUACCUUGUUGAGACUUUCGGGAAAUUGGGUACGCUAGAGAAGGUUUCGGAACUCCUCAAGGAAAUGGAGUCCGAAGGGAAUCUGCCAGAUAUCACAUCGUAUAAUGUUUUGUUAGAGGCGCAUGCGCAAUCUGGGUCUAUCAAAGAGUCUAUGGAUGUGUUUAGGCAGAUGCAGGCAGCCGGGUGCGCCCCUAAUGCAUCUACUUAUAGUAAACUGUUGAAUCUAUACGGGAAGCAUGGGAGAUACGACGAUGUUCGUGAGCUCUUUCUCGAGAUGAAAGUGAGCAAUACUGAGCCUGAUGCCGCUACCUAUAAUAUACUGAUCCAAGUAUUUGGUGAGGGUGGGUACUUUAAAGAGGUGGUAACUUUGUUCAAUGAUAUGGUAGAGGAGAGUGUUGAGCCGAACAUGGAAACAUAUGAAGGCUUAAUUUUUGCAUGUGGGAGGGGAGGGCUGUAUGAGGAUUCUCAGAAGAUAUUACUUCACAUGAAUGAGAGAGGGAUAUUACCGAGUUCCAAGGUCUAUACAGGGGUCAUCGAAGCAUAUGGGCAAGCUUCAUUAUAUGAGGAAGCUCUUGUUGCAUUUAACACGAUGAAUGAGGAGGGUAGCAAGCCAACUGUUGAAACCUACAACUCUCUUAUUCAUACAUUUGCAAGGGGCGGUCUAUAUAAAGAGGCUGAGGUAAUAUUGACAAGGAUGGGAGACUUAGAAGUUGCAAGGAACAGGGCCUCCUUCAAUGGCAUGAUUGAGGCUUUUAGGCAAGGAGGCCAAUUUGAAGAAGCAAUCAAAACUUACAUUGAUAUGGAAAAGGUCCGAUGUAAUCCCGACGAGAGGACUCUUGAAGCUGUUUUGAGUGUUUACUGCUUUGCAGGGCUAGUUGAUGAGAGUGAAGAGCAGUUCAAGGAAAUCAAAUCCUCUGGAAUAUUGCCUAGCGUUAUGUGUUACUGUAUGAUGGUGGCUGUCUAUGCAAAGUGUGAUCGGUGGGAUGAUGCCUAUGGUUUGCUGGAUGAGAUGUGCAUAAAUAGUGGAUCAAAUAUUCAUCAAGUGAUUGGCCAAAUGAUCAAAGGGCACUAUGAUCACGAUGCAAAUUGGCAGAUUGUGGAGUAUGUUCUUGACAAACUUAACUCUGAAGGAUGUGGUUUGGGAAAGAGAUUUUACAAUGCGCUAUUAGAGGCGCUUUGGUGGCUAGGCCAGAAAGAACGUGCUGCCAGAGUGCUCAGUGAAGCCACGAAAAGGGGUCUGUUUCCUGAACUUUUUAGGAAAAACAAACUAGUAUGGUCCAUUGAUGUACACAGAAUGUGGGAAGGUGGUGCAUAUACUGCCAUAUCAGUUUGGCUAAAUAGUAUGAAGGAAGCGUUCUUGAAUGGAGAGGAUCUUCCUCAAAUCGCGAGCAUUGUUGUUGUUCGAGGACGGAUGGAAAAAAGCUCAACCAGUCAAGAAUUUCCUAUUGCAAAGGCUGCCUCGUCAUUCCUUCAAGAAACUCUGUCAUCAUCCUUUGGUUUCCCAGGCUGGAACAGGGGUAGAAUUGUCUGCCAGAGGACACAGCUAAAGAAAGUUCUUUCUGGGAUUGAAUCCUCUUCAGAAGGAUCCAAGAAUGAUAGAUUAGUAAUUUUAAGCAACUCCCCCUUUUCUCCACGAGGAACGAGAAUCUCUCAAAGGAACGAUAAUCCCCAUACCGAAGCAAAAGAGAGGAAAAAGAGAGAGCUUGUUACUAGCAAAGCUUGAAGGGGUACAUGAAAUCUAUCCUCAGUUCUAUGAAAACAUGACAUGUUUCUUCCCAACUCAGUCACAGAGUUAAGAUUUCAAGAAUCAGCUCCAGCUACGCAAUUUGGCUGAAGAAUCUCCUCUUCAAAAGCGGUUAAGGUCUUGCCAAGCUCAGGGAGACUCGGCCCCAGGAAGACUAGCCAGUAAUGGAGACUUGGUCCUUCAACUCCAUACUGUGAUACAAGCAGAAUGAAUGGAAGGAUUAUGAUUUUGCAGCUUUGGAGAUAUUUCUUUCCUUCAGCUUAAGAUGUACAUUAAAUUUUGCAUGUAGUAAAGGGUUGUCUUUUUGAACUUGCAA